AGGAAGCUAGCCAACACAAGUUGGUAUAGAUUUGAGGCCUCACCAUGCCUUUAUAAAAACACACACAAGAAAAAGAAACAUAUAACACACAAACAAAAAGGCUACAAUCCAUCCAUGGUUUCUAGAGAGCACAACAACGCAGCUCUUCAUCACAACCUCCAAUUACUUCGCUCUAUUACCAAUUCUCAUGCUCAGCUCAACAAGGCCUCGAUUAUAGUGGAUGCAUCAAAAUACAUCGAGGAGCUUAAACAAAAAGUAGAAAGAUUGAAUCAAGAUAUCUCAACCGUUCAAACUUCAAUCCAUCCCAUGCAGGUGACAGUGGAAAGCCUAGCAAAGGGGUUUUCCAUUAAUGUAUUUUCAGAAAAGAGCUGCCAAGGCCUGCUCGUGUCGAUAUUAGAAGCCUUUGAAGAGCUGGGGCUGAAUGUUCUUGAAGCUAGGGUUUCUUGUACAGAUAGUUUCCAAUUACAAGCUAUUGCAGAAAUUGAGGAAGAAGGAGAAGAAGCCAUUGAUGCUCAAGCUGUGAAAGAAGCAGUAGUUCAAGCUAUAAAGAUCUGGAGCCAAAGCGGUGAACAAGAUUAAAAACAUCCUUAAUUUCUCCAACUUGUUCCAAUUGCGGCUGUUUUUUUUGGUUUUGUUCUUACCUGUCUGUGAUUGUAAUGCAGUAAAAAGUAAUCAAUGGAACAACCGAUUGC